UGCACUUAGAGAUGUCGGGACCAUGUAGACGUGCGACUGGACUGGGCCCUCUGGUAACAAUAAUACCGCCUCUCCGUGCACUCCUUCUUUUGCUUUCGAUCCGACCAGAAGGAGACUCUCCUGAAAUGCAAGGAGGGAUGAGCGGUUGGGAGGAAAUGGGUGGGUCUUUGAAGGAAAGGAUGGAUUCGAUGUGUGGCUGGUGUGUGGAUUUGAGAUAUUUUUGUAGGCCAAAUUAUAGAGUCCAUUGGUGGCAAACGAGGGUAAAUUCGAAUCAGCAGAGAUCAGGUACACGUCAGGGAUAUGUGCCGAGUGUACUGAGCCGAGUCCGAGCGUUCGAGUUCAUCAGAGUCGCCGAGGUGGGAAUCAAGUAAUCACGUUCCAUGAAACUCACCAACCAAGG